GUCUUUGUCUUUCAUGUUGGUGACAAAACUUGGAAAUCUUACGACUGGUCACAGAUUACAACGGUGGUACUUUUUAACAAUUAUGACCCAGAACUGAUGUGCUAUGCUCACUCCAAAGGGGCCAGAGUAGUGCUAAAAGGAGAUGUGUCGGUAAAGGCGAUCAUCAAUCCCACUUUCAGAGCAUCCUGGAUAGCUCAACAAGUUGACUUGUCCAAAAGACAGUAUAUGGAUGGAAUUAAUAUAGACAUAGAGCAAGAAAUGUCAAGUUCAUCACCUGAACACAAUGCAUUAACUGCUUUAGUCAAAGAAACUGUAGAUGCUUUCCAUCGUGAAAUUGAGGGAUCACAGGUAACCUUUGAUUUUAAUUGGACUCCAAAGUACACAGGCAGGCGCUAUAAUUAUUUUGAAAUUGCAAAUGCUUGUGACUUUGUCUUUGUGAUGUCAUACGAUGAACAUAGUCUGGUCUGGGCAGACUGUAUUGCAGGAAGCAAUGCUCCUUAUACUGACACAUUAACUGCAUAUGAUGACUACAUCAAGAUGGGCAUUAGCCCUAAGAAACUUGUAAUGGGUGUUCCCUGGUACGGUUAUGAUUACACCUGCCUGACUUUAUCGGAGGCUAAUGUUUGUACCACUGCAAAACCCCCUUACAAGAAGGGUCCUUGUGUGGGUGCUAAAAGUUAUCAGGUGCCCUAUAAAAUAAUCAUGAAGCAAGUAAACAGUUCUAUUUCUGGAAUCCAGUGGGAUAAAGAUCAGAAGGCUCCUUAUUAUAACUAUAAAGAUGAUGCUGGCCGUAUCCAUCAAGUGUGGUAUGAUAACCCGCAGAGCAUUUCUUUAAAGGCAGCAUAUAUACAAAGGCGUGGCUUACGCGGCAUUGGCAUGUGGCAUGCAAACUGUCUUGACUACUCUGGAGAUGCUGUAGCCAAACAGCAAGCUGAAGAAAUGUGGAAAGCCUUAAAACCAAAGCUAUAAAAACAUGAACAUCUUUUGUCAAACUAUUAAGACUUAGAAUAUUAUCUGUAUAAUCAGACCUAAUUUCUUGAGGAGAUAAAAGAAUGUAUACAUUUUUGUCAUGUUGCUAUA